AUGAGAGACUUACAAGUGACACCAGAAGAGGAAAUUGACUUUCUUAUCAAAUUCACUAGUCUAUCAGCACAACAACAGAUUAUCAGCAUUAAAGCAGCAAGUGCGAGCAAUCCUGUGCAUGGACUUCAGAGAAUUUGGCAAAGAUUAGAGGAGAGAUUUGGUUGUCCUGAAAUGAUAGAAUCUGCUUUAAAAACGAAACUGAACGCAUUUGCUCCUAUUACAUUGAAAGACUAUCGUCGUCUAUAUGACUUGUCUGAUAUUUUGGAUGAAAUCCUAGCAGCAAAAGAAGAUAUCCGUUACCAAUCAUUACUUGCAUACUUUGAUGCGUCGACAGGAAAACACAGUGACAAAACUCUGAAGAUUUCAAGCAGGAAAACAGCUGUGUCUCGGCAACCACAGAUUCUUCGUAACUCAGGAAAAGAAAACCAGUGUCCCCUUCAUAAGACAAACCGUUCCUUGGAACAGUGCAGAGCUUUCAGAACAAAACCAUUUGAUGAACGGAGGAAGAUCUUGAAAGAUAACAAUUUGUGUUUUAGAUGUUGUUCGAGAGAUCAUAAACAAGCAGAGUGUCAUUCUGAUGUGCAGUGUGGAGAAUGUGGAAGCAAAUUUCACACAUCACCAUUACACGUGAACAGGACAAAAGUUCAGACUUCAUACCCUUGGAGAAACUAUGGCGGGGAGAAUUUCACUGAGAGACAAGUUUUAGAUUCUGAAAAUGUGAACAUCCCAGCUGUGAAUUCUAAGUGUACACAAAUAUGUGGACAAACAUUUGGUGGAAAAUCUUGUGCUAAAACCAUUCUGGUGCAUGUGUACCCAAAACACUGUCCGCAAAAAUCUGUGAAAAUUUAUGCAGUGAUUGAUGACCAGUCAAACAGAACACUUGCUAAACCAGAACUCUUUGAUCUUAUGGACACUCAUGGAACUAUGACAAAUUACCUGUUAACAUCUUGUUCAGGAAAAGUUCAAAGGUCAGGACGUAAAGUUCAUGGAUUAGUUGUUGAGUCAUUAGAUGGACAAAACUGUAUAGAUAUACCUACAAUUAUUGAGUAUGAUGAAAUUCCUACACCAGAUGUAGCCCUACAUUAUGAACAUUUGCUUGACAUUGCUGAUCACAUACCACUAGUUGAUCCUAAUGCAGAAAUCCUGUUACUGAUAGGAAGGGACAUAACCAAAGCACAUCACGUUUUAGACCAACGCAUUGGAUUGGGAAAUCAACCCUGUGCCCAAAAAUUGUCCCUUGGUUGGACUAUCAUUGGUGAGACUUGUUUGGGAAAAACCCAUAAACCAGAUGUCAUUAAUGUCAUGAAAACUUGUGUUCUACCUGAUGGCCGUCCAACUCUGAUGCUACCUUGCAACAGUAACUUACAGGUCAAGGAAAAAAUCCUCAAUGAAACCUCAACAAACAUCAUUUGUACAAAGACUGAAAUUGGUGAAAGUGUUUUUCAGAGGACAGAGAAUGAUGAAAAGUUAGGACUUUCUAUGGAUGAUCAUGAGUUCUUAGACAUCAUGAAUUCAGAAUUUACAAAAGAUCUUGAUGGACAUUGGCAAGCUCCACUUCCUUUUCGUAAGGACCGUCAAAGACUAGUAAACAACUAUGAACAAGCUGGGAAGAGAACAAAACAGUUAGAUAACACUUUGCAGAAGGAUCCUACAAAGAAAGAACAUUUCGUGGAAUUUAUGGAUGCAUUGUUCAAGAAUCAUCAUGCAGAAAUAGCACCGCCUCUACAGAGUGGAGAAGAGUGUUGGUACUUACCAUUGUUUGGAGUUUACAACCCAAAGAAACCAAACAAAAUUCGAGUUGUGUUUGAUUCUUCAGCAAAAUUCGAAGGAAAGUCGCUUAACGACAUACUACUUACCGGACCGGACUUGACAAACAGUCUUCUGGGUGUUUUAGUACGGUUCCGCAGAGAGAAAGUCGCAUUAAUUGGAGAUAUUGAACAGAUGUUUUAUUGUUUUAAAGUCUGUGAACCUCAUCGAAAUUUCUUGCAUUUUCUAUGGCAUGAAGACAACAAUCCUGAAAAGAAACUGAUCGAAAACCGUAUGACUGUUCACGUCUUCGGAAACAGUCCCUCGCCAGCCAUCGCAACCUACGGAUUACGCAAGACUGUUAAGGAAGUAGAAGAUAUGUUUGGGACGGUGUAA